AUGCCAUUACCUUUGCGCUUCUUUCGCAGUUUUGUCAAUUGUCAUUAUAUGGCGCAACAGAUGGCAAAACUUGGUAGUCAAAAUAAAUCACAAGAAUUAUCGUCAAAAUAUUCCAUAUCUCAAAAUAAAACCACUAAAGCUUCAUUGAAAAACGACGCCGACAGCCAAAACAAAACAAGAUCGAAUGUAAUGGAGACCGAAUUGGCAUUGGGUGGACGUAUGACACCGGUGGAAAUGUUGAAUAGUCUUGGAUUAGAAGGGUCGUUGACAGCAACGUAUAAUGAUAAUCGAUCCAUACUGGAACUAUUACCCGGAACAAUACAACCAACUAGAAAUUUGAUAAUCAGACCUGGUAAACAUAUCGAUUGUGAAAAGGUCGAGAGCUCGCCGGCUGGUGAGACCGUUGUUGCCGCGAGUGGAACUGGUGCUAGUACACCGAUUAUUGCCAUUGAUGGUAAAAUUGAGCAGGCAAUGGACUUGGUGAAAACUCAUCUGAUGUUUGCCGUACGUGAGGAAGUUGAUGUUCUAAGGGCAAAAAUCAUGGAAUUGGAGGCUACCAUUUUGCAAUUAGAAACUGAGAAUGCAAUUCUUCGUGAACAUGUACCGGUGGAAAUUUUGAAUAAAUUAAGUUUGCAAUCGACACCGCCGAAUUCGAGUACAACAACAACUGCUGUUUGAAUGCCGAAUAGUUUGAAUUUUUUUCAUCAUUUGACCU